AUGGUGUCGGCAGACCGUCAGACGAUAAUGGAGGUGAACCGGUCGCUUCGUACCAUCAAGAAUGAACUUGAGAAUCUCCUUGAAAAGGGCGUGAUUGACGAGCAAGUCUACGAUGAGAUCCACUCCACGCUCCCCGAGGAGUCACCGCUCUCUGGGCCCCUCCGCACGGCGGCAUCCCGCAACGCCACGCCGGCCAGCACCGUUCGCAGCAACGGGCCUACUUCGCCCCCCGCGGCGGCGAUGGCCAACCUCGAUAUUGCCGGCGGCGCCGGCAAGUCACCCUCCCCCGCCCCGCCGUCCUACGAGGACACCCCGCCGCCCAACCUGCCGUCCCGCAACAACCCCGCCGCUGCCGCACCUCCGCCCGGCCCCCCUCCCAGCAAGCCCGUCAUCGCCCACGCGCGCGCCCUGUACCAGUACAACGCCAGCGACGGGCGGGACCUGGCCAUGGAGAAGGACGACAAGGUCUCGGUGCACGAGUACAUGAACCAGGACUGGUGGAUGGGUACCAACCAGCGCACCGGCCUCGAGGGCAUCUUCCCACGUAACUACGUCCUAGUAGAGAACGAGAGCAAGGCCCCCGUCCCCCAAGAGGCCGCACAUGCGUCCUCCGCGUACGCGCCCCAGAGCCAGCCCCAGUACGGAUACCCCCAGAACCAACCCUACCAGAACCCCUACGACUCCAGCGUGCCGCCCAUGGCUGUCGCCAACGGUAGCGGUCAGCCAAGUAACGGGGAGCCCAGCAAGAAGCAGGAGAUGGGCAAGAAGUUUGGCAAGAAGCUCGGUAACGCGGCCAUCUUCGGUGCCGGUGCUACCAUUGGUGGUAACAUUGUGAACAGCAUCUUCUAA